UUUCCGUUCUUUAUUCUACAUUAAUUUUACAAAAGUUACACACUUAAGAGUUUCAACGCGAAUAAGAUUUUUUCACGUUACUUACAUUGCUUAGUACAACAUUACUAAUACUAAUUACAACAAUAAUAUUGAUAAUAACAUUCAUAUUAAUUGAUAAGCACAAAAUCUCUACAUCAUUCAUUCUAGAGUACGCGUUUUUUUUACGAAUUAUUAAUUGCGGUUUUGAGCUUUCUGUCUGCUGUGUCUCAACUAAGGCUGGAAGCAGCCUCUCUCGUUAAGUACCAAGAAAAACCAACAUUGUGGACUAACAUACUGGAUAAAGUGACCAUCCUGUGUGAAGUUGCCAAGAUGAAGAUUUACCAAUUCAAACUGGAAACCUUGUUAAUAUGUACGGGAUUACUUUUGAGUGCAUUACCUCAGGUUUGGAGCAUGACCGUAAUGACUGAAGUAUCCACCAGUAACCAAGGCCUGGCACAACAUCCCAAACAAAUUUCCACCUUCAAUCGGUCCCACACCAUGCUGCAACAAUCCUACAUACGAUCAACUGAUUUCUCAUUAAAACGUGGUUUAGUGACCACCAUACGGUGGGAGUUUGUCGAUGAUUAUGGAAUAUGGGGAGUUAUGUUUGAUUCCUUCUCCAUCCCAUACACUGAUGACUGCACCUCAGACUACUUCUCAAUUUGGGAUGCAUCCGGACGCUGUAAUAAACUAAAGAUUUGUGGUGACAGCAUACCUGAGAAGUUUAUAUCUUGUAGCUCAAAGAUUUUUGUUGAGUACCAUUCUGAUUCUCCAGGAGACACCACAAACUUUAAAUUCAGAGUUGAGCCUGGGCUUAAUAAAGAUGACGUAUUAAAGCGCUUUGAGAAAGAUUUUGUUAUGUCAAGGAACUCUGAGAAGGAAAGAGUGACCAUCUCUAGUGAAGAGGAAAAAGUUGUCAUUAUCUCACUGUCUGUCAUCCUUCCUUUGGCUCUGGCAAUUCUUGGUAUACUAGCUUUUAUUCUGGCCAGACACACUCAACAGUAUAAAACCAGUUCCCAAGAAACUAUCCUUCCUACAAAAUGUCCUUCUUCCAAAAAGUAUGUUCACACCGGAAAUGAGAAGGACACAACAGUAGUGAAAUUAUUUGUUGAUACAGAUAAAAAGCCAGUAAAGGCAAACAAGGUUCGUCUCCAAGACGUGAAAACUGAGAGAGUUCCCUUGAAUAGCUACGCAGAUAUGCCAUUAAAUAUUUGUUCAACAGUGGCGGUAAAUGAUGUGCCAGAAGAGCCUGUAGAGUUUGAGGAUAGACCAAAUGGUUACCUUGGUCUCAUGUAAAGUAUCAGCACUGACACCAACAUCACCACUAACAUCAACACCAAUGCCACUACUACAACUACUACUACCACCAUAACUGCAGAAUUCUUUUCCUUUUGCUGGAUUCGAAAUCCAAUACAAACCCAAAAAGAACUGACAAUAAACAGCAACAACAAAAACAAAAAAAAGGGGAAGGGAUUGUUGUUUGGUUGUAAGCUAAUUUUCUGUUUUGUUUUCUCCCUGAGGGACGAGGCAAGCAGAGAGGGUAUUGUUAGUCUUGGCCCCUCUCUGCGCCCACAUCCACGUAAGUGUAUGUCUUGUGGCCUCCUGACACAUGUUGGAUGUUAAACACAGGAUACCACCAACAGUAAGAUUCCUGUAGCCUUUCACACACCAGUCUGUUCAUAAUAGUUCUACCAAGAUUAGGGCCUAUAUCAGUUUAUUUUUAAAUAGGUGUUCUUUCUAAAAUGGAUAUUUCUUCAGUGAUUUCUGUCAAGAUUUAAUUCAUCUAGAACUAAAUCUGUUCAUAUCUAACUUCCUCCUGAUGUACUUUUACCUAGAUGUUAAUUUCCCUGAUAUAUCUUUACCUAGAUGUUAGUUCACCCAGAUGUAUUCUUUAUAUAUAUAAUAGUUCAUCUAGAUGUAACCUUAUCUAAUUGUUAGUCCAUCUUAAUGUAACUCUGUAUUAUCUGAAAUUCAUUGUGGUCUUCCAAAAACUAUUAUAAAUUAAAGAAGAUGGGCAAAAGCACAAUCAUUCACCUCUCAAUUACAUUACCACAACUACAGAUGACAUCGAAGCUACAUCACAUAUACUUUACUGUUAUAUCAUUGUUUUGUAGCUACUUUGGCUAAUUGUAUUGCAGCUACUUCACAGCUGUAUCACAGCUAUAAAAUACAUUUAUAACAGUUGCAUCAUAUCCAUUUCAUAGCUACAUCUAAUCCACAUCACUAUAUCAAAACUAUAAUACAACUACAUCACAGACAUGUCCCACCUUUGUCACUGUAUAAUAAAUCAUAUUAAUAGCUACUUCAUAGCUGUGUCAUAACAAUGUCAUUACAUCAUAAACUACGUUACAGUGGCAUCAUGGAAGUCCCACUGUAAUCUCACAUUGCUCUAUGAAUCUAUGGCAGCAACAUCAAGAGCAACAAGUGGACUUGUAAAUGUGGGAUUACCACAUGUUAAUACAGAUAUGUUUGAACAAAAUAGAUAAAGUUAAGUUUAGAGGAAGCUAAUUAGGUAAAUACUGUUAAUCUCAUCAAUAUAAUUAGUGUCUGUAGAUGGCCCCCUUUGACCACUGCAAAGUGCAUAUUAAAACAUGUUGAUGAGGUCAUUUGUUGUUGGGAUUUCGUCCCUAUGUUAGAAUCUGUGUUUAAACUAUUGAAUCUUUAUUAUGAUCUUUGCUUCUGUUAUGAACAUUGUUACUGGUGUUUGAUAAAUCAGAGAUAUUCAGUUUUUAAGGCAUUGACAGAGUUGGGUGAAUCUCUGAAGAUAACAAGCCACAUGUGUAUGUGUAUGUCUCUCUUAGUGAUUUACACAUGAAAAUGAUACAUCACAUGUAUGUAUCUCUCCCUCAACGAACAGUCUUAUGAAGAUGACACACCAGACAUGUGUAUGUGUGUAUAUCUCCCUUGCUGAACUGUUCUACGAAGAUGACAAACAACACAUUAUAUGUGUGUCUGUCUGUGAGUCCUUCAAAAGAACUGUUUUUACACAUCUCUUAUUUGUUUCCAGUCAAUUCAACCAUUCAUUAACAUUUUUCUCAAUUGACAUUCACAACAUGCAUUUUUUUAACAAAAAACAAAGCAUUUUAUUUACUUUACUUUUGUUCAUCUGACACAGUUUUUGUAGACGCUUAGAUCAAUGCAUCUGACUCAUCUUCGUGUCUGGCAGACUGUAGUAACACAAUGGAUUAGCAACCUUUUGAAAACAAGAGAAAAUAGUUGUCUAACUCCCUUAGUGUGAUUAUUAGGGUAAUAGAUUAGCAGAAUUGCUUGAUCAUUGGAAAAAAGGGCAUUGCAGUUUUUCUUCUGGCAUUUUACAUUCUGAGUUAAAAUCCUGCUAAAGUCAGCCCUGCCUUUCAUUCCUUUGGGUUUAGUAAAAUAAGGCUCAAGUCAAAUAUUGAGUUGAUUUGACUAACUCCACCCCUACCCUUACCCCUAAAUUUGUGGUGUUGUACCUAUGUUAGAAACAAUUAUUAUGGUUUGGUAAAAUGAGGUCAACUCUGCUUUUCAUCCUUCUGGGAACAAUAAAAUACCAGUGAUGUAAUUGACUGCUCCUUCCUAGUCAAAUCUGUGGCCUUGCACACAUGUUAGUAAUUCUUCUUAUUUUUAAAACCCUGAAGGUGGUAAGCUAGCAGAAUUGUUAGCGCAUUGGAUAAAAUGCUUAGUGGCCAUUGCUUCCAGCUCUCUGCAUUUUGAGUUCAAAUUCUGCCAAGGUCUACUUUGCUUUUCAACUUACAUAGUUGAUGAAAUAGUAAAGCACCAGUUGAACAUCGAGGCCACUAAAAUUGUUGGCCGAAAUUUGAAACCAUUAUUUUUGUAAUUACUGUCUUCCAAAUUCGCUCACCGAUCUCAGAUUAAAGUAAAACAAUAUUUAACCUCUCUCACUUCUUCAUUUUCCAUCUAUUUCUUUUUUUCUCCCUUGUUCCCAUUCUAGUUCUUAAUGGAUAGGAGUGUGUGGGGGGAGCAAAAACAGAAAAAAAAAAAAUAAUGAAGAAGCCUCACCAGCCAUGACAACUAAUACAGCUCUGUUUCCAUGUUGCUAAACCAAUGUGGACUUACUUUGAAAAAUUUUUAUUCUCUGAAAACAUACAUGUACCUUAACUUUGAUUCCUUGCUGAUGUUUUAUCAGGGUUCAUUCAAUACAUCAAGGCUAAAACUCUUAAUGAACAACAACUAAUAAUAAUGUUACUAUUUGUAAUGAUCAACUGGACUUUGUAUCUAGAACUCUUUGUUGAAAGUAUUGUUUCUGAAUAUUAUUCCGGAGCCGUCUCUGUUUACAGCAAGUCAUUGUGUUGUUCAUAGAAAGAUGAGGAAUCAACUGCAAGUGAGCUUUAAAGUAAGGCAUUCUAACCAGGUUUGCUUGUCUUCCUGUUUGUUUAUCUGCCUCUUUGUCUUUCAUUCCUUCCUACCCUCACUUCCUAAUGUCGGUAAAUAAGCAUCAGUGCUAACACUGAUGCAGGGAGCAUCAGGAAAGCAGCCAAUUGAAAAUAAUUACAUUGAAUAAAGUGAACCUCGUCAUGUAAACAAAUGAACUCUGCAUGCCAACAUCUACAAGAUUUGCAUUUUUAAACAUGGUGACUGACUGCUUUUUGAAACCAAAUUAGAUUCAUCGUGAAUGAUUUCUUUUUGUAAGAUGAGAAAAUAGCAGAAUGACUGUUAAGGUAUGUAAAUGGGACAAAAGUUCCCAUUUUUUUUUGAAUCUUUGAUGAUUUUUAUAUUUUUUUUUAUUUGGUUUUGUAAGUUGUGUAUAAAAAGGGAAUAGAUUACUGGGGUGUAAAAAUGUGAUGUUUUUUUUUUGUUACUAAACCUCUUUCUUCGUUGUCGUCAUUGUCUUUCCAAUUGUUGCAGAAAAAUGUUAGCACUGGUUUUAAUUUAACCUUAAAUUGAGGAGGUGAUUUCUCAGUGAAAGAUGAUAGUUUUUGAAGAGUGGCUGAGCAGUUGAAUGAUAAAGCAGAGGGAACCAUUGUACAUAUGAAUGUAUGUAUGUGUGUGACUGAGUGAGUGUGUAUGUAUGUACAUGCAUCUGUGUAUAAAUAUGUAUAUAAAAGGCAGGUAUGUAUGUGUGCUUGACUUGGAGAAUUUGAAGUUUGGGCUGUGGG